AUGCCGCGCCAACACGGACAUUUUAGCUGCCACAAACUGCACAUUCCGGAAUUUAUACCAAAUGACUUGCAACUUUGGUUUGCUUUGGUGGAGAAGGCAUUCGCAUCUUCCAAUAUCCACGAUGAGAAGGAGAAAUAUGGAUUAUUGGUUACCAGAUUGGAUAUUAGACAUUCAACCAAAGUGCGAGAUUUGAUAAUCAAUGAGCCUGAAGAGAAGCCUUAUUCUACAUUAAAGGCUACGUUAAUUUCAAGAUUAGGCACUUCGGAGAAGUCAAAGUUGCAGUUGUUUAUGACGGAUGUAGACUUGGUUAAAGCAAUAUGGUUAUCCAGACUUCCAGUGGAAAUUCAACCAUUUUUGGAGGUUGCUUCUGGAACACAGUCAAUACAAGAGGAAGGUGAACUAGCUGACCGCUUAUUUAUUAACCAUUCACAGCAACGUGUAGCUGUGAUUUCAGAUUCACAAACCUCUGAGAUUGAAACAAAGAAUGCUGAUCUGCGUCAAAUGCGUCAAGAUAUAGAAGCUGCUUCAAAGCGUUUGGAUAAGAUCCAAAUGUUUCAAAAGAAGAAAGUGUCGUUUAGAAGACGACAAGAUAACUUAUGUUGGUUUCAUAGACGCUACGGAAGUCAUGCGAGAAGGUGUAUAUCGCCAUGUAAUUUUAAGUCGGGAAACGAUACGGGCGUUCACUAA